AUGGCCCCGAAACUAUUCAAAGUCGUCAUCGUCGGCGGCGGCCCUGUCGGUCUAACCGCCGCACACGCCCUUCACCAUGCAGGCAUUGACUUCGUGGUCCUUGAAUCUAGGAACUCAGUAGUUUUGGAUCAAGGUGCCAGUCUCGUUCUGUCUCCACCUAGUCUCAGAGUCAUGCAUCAGUUGGGGAUUUUUGAGCGACUAUCUGAGAUAGGAGGGGAAUUGCAACACACCCAAUCAAUGACGCAAGAUGGAUAUCGAUUUGUGAACUCUAAAGGUAUUUUCGAAGUUAUGAGGAAAAACCACGGCUCCGCACCAGUCGCUUUUCACCGCGCCCAACUCAUCGAGACUUUAUUCGAGACUUUACCCACAACAGCCAAGGCCCGCUACCUUCUAAACAAGGAAGUAGCUUCCAUUGACUCCAGCGAGACCGGCGUGCGGGUAACUUGCACCGACGGAAGCACAUACGACGGAAGUAUGGUGAUAGGAGCAGACGGUGUACACAGCAAGACGCGCCGCUUAAUGCGCGAGCAAGCGUUGAAAGAGAACCGCCAACGAGACUGGGACGAAGAAACACCCUUCCCGGCUCUGUAUAGGUGCAUGUGGUGCAGCUUUCCUCGGCCCGGCAACUGUGGACAGGCGACUGAUACACAGUCCCGGGAUAUGUCGACCAUGUUCUUAGCUGGCCGGGAGCGGGGGUGGAUAUUCCUUUAUGAGCGAUUACCUGAGUCGACGACCUCGCGAGUGAAAUAUACCGAGGAAGAUCGAGCAGCGUUUGCGGCGAGAUUUGCGGAUUUCCCUGUGACCGAGAAAUUGAAGGUCAAAGAUGUGUACGCGACGCGACUUACUGAAGGAAUGGCGAAUUUGGAAGAAGGGAUCCUCAAACAUUGGAGUUGGGGACGGAUUGUUUUGGCGGGCGAUGCUUGUCAUAAGUAUACGCCUAAUGCGGGGCGUGGGCUUAACAAUGGGAUUCAGGAUGUGGUGGCUCUAUGCAAUGGACUUCAUGAGAUGCUUGAUACGAGUUCUGAAGCUGAUUUACCGGAUCAACUCACCCUGGACAAGAUGUUCGCAGAGUAUCAGAACACCCGAUCCGCUCCUGUCAAGGCUGAUGGGAAUCAGUCGUUUUACAUCUCCCGCAUGCAUGCGUGGGCGAAUCAGUUCUGUUACUUUAUGAGUCGUUAUGUCAUGUCACAGGAGUGGUUGUUGACUUGGGCGCUGACCACACUCGCCAGCAAGCAGAUUCGGAAAUCGCUGGUUUUGAAUUAUAUUCAUGUCGACGAACCGUUUUUAGCAUCGCUUGAGUGGGAAUAUCCAUUGCGGCAGAAGGUGGAGUAG